AUGGCCAUAGGAGCAGUGGCAUACCUGAGAGUUCUCGACAGUGAAGGUCAGUGGCACACAGGUUUCAUCAUUGGCAAGUCCAACCCGCUCACACUAAAGCAAGACCUGGAGAGAGACGAAAGAAGCGGGAAUGAGGACAGAGGAGACUUGUCAGAAGAGGAGGGGGAAGAGGAGCAGGCGGGGACUAAUGGCGAGAAGAAUGAGGAAGGGUCCAAGCAUCACAAACUCAAGCACUGCAGCAAGCAAAAAAAGCACAAACACGCAGCCGAGGAGGACAAGGAGCGCAAGCGUAAGCAUCAGAAACACAAACGCAAGGAGGCCUCCUCCCCCGCCGCCGCCACCGCCGCUGACGUCCCCUUUGGUGCCGCCAGCAACAGGAAGCUGGAGUCCUCUCCGUCCUCCGGAAAUCCCAGUCUGGACGACCGGGCCGUGUUGGAGGAUCUGGAGAAGCAGAGGGCCCUGAUCAAGGCUGAGCUGGAUAGCCAGCUGAUGGAGGGCAAGGUCCAGUCCGGCAUGGGUUUGAUCCUUCAGGGGUACAACUCUGGGUCCGAGGAGGACGCAGACGGCAGGUUCAGAAACGGAGAGCAGCGUCCGAGGGGCGGCUCAGGUAAACUCAUAUCUCCCAAAGGGGAAAAAGGCGGGAAAUCCAGAAGGGACUCAAUCGACGGCAGUAAAUCCGGGUCCAAGCGGCGCAGUCCGAGUAAGUCACCAGACAAGCCGGCCAAGGAGCCCAAGCCUGACAAGGGGACCAAAAGCAGCAAGGAGGCUGCAGCGAAAGACCGCUCCCCUCACAGACGAGGACCCCACAGCCCGGCGAGGAGACGCAGCGCCUCCCCUCGCCACAGAGACGCCCACCACCCCUCAGCCAGUGCCUCAGACAGGACUUCAAAACAUUCUCCGCCCAGAAGGUCCCCGGCCCGGAGGAGGGAGGCAGACAGUCAAGACUCGCCUCUGAGGUUUGUCACCGCUUUGGUGCUUAAAGCUGCACCCAAAAGUGCCUGUAGUUAUUGA